CAAACGGCUUCAGCUGAGGUGAGCGGUCGCUCCAGUUCUGCCACCCGGAAGGACCGACUGACUGCUUUGAAAUGAAAGGUGGCGGCGGCGGCGGCGGCACGGCGGUAAACAUGGGCGUCCCCAACGUCUACGGUCUGGUGUUUGCCUGCACGUGCGGCGUGAUCCUGGGCGUCGGCCUGGGCGCCAACCUGCUGGCCUUCACCUUGUUUGCCAAGUCGCCGCGUCGGAACACUCUGGACGUCGUGCUCCUCAGCAUGGCGCUGGCCGACUUGCUCACCCUGCUGCUCAUCCCCUUUACCCUCCACUCGGCCCUCAGCCACUCGUGGCCCACGAGCGACCUUUCCUGCAAGGUCUACCAGUUCCUUCUGGCCUUGGGCCUGGCGGCCAGCACCUACUCGCUGUGCGCCGUGUCGGUGGCUCGCGCCGCCGUCGUCACCAACCCCUACCGGCCUCUGGCCACCGACUGGGCGGUCCUGGCGUUGGCGCUGGUCUGGGGCCUCAGCGUCCUCGUCAGCGUGCCUCUACGGAUGUUCGCCACCAAGGAGAGCCUGAGCCCCGACCUGGUCAGCUUCACCUUUUGCUUGCCCACCGUCCAGGAGCACCACUACCAAGUGGUCCUGAGCCAGUUUGCGCUCUUCUAUUUCAUCCCCAUGCUGGUGAUCGCCUUCAACUACGCCCGCCUGGCGCUGUUUCUCCACAAGAGACCGGUGAUGUCGGCCUCCGGCGGCAGGAACACGCGGCGGGCCUCGCUGACGGUGUUCUUGGCCGCCGCCACCUUCUCGGCUUGUUGGCUGCCGGGCUACGUCCUGGAGCUCUGCGUCUACCUGGGCCUCUACCGCCACGGACGGGCCUGGGAACUCUUCUACUUCACCUGCACGCUGCUGCAGUACCUGCACCCGUGCGUGAACCCCGUGCUCUACGUUCUGCUGUCCAAGCGAUACCGCCACAGGAGGGCGGCCUGGCGCUUCAGAUGCCGUGGCAACAGAGUGCGGCCGCAGGUCAGCAGUGUGUCUGCGGGCAGUUCUUAGACGGACGGACGGACGGACGGACGCUUCGUUGGCCGACCGGGGACAUCUGGAGCAAAAUUGAAGCUUUGCUUCAGGGCGGCACGGUGUCCGAGCCGCUAGCGCUCCUCCGAGCGACGUGAUCCGAGCCAAUAGCGCUCCUCCGAACGACGUGAUCCGAGUGGGCGAGCGGAUUCGCCCGUUUGCCGCAUCCCAAAUACAAGCGCUUGGCUGAAGGACCUCAAGCGGGAGUACGUAGUUUGUCCAUACGGGAAGACUCUAAAAAGCCCCGUCUGAAGGCAAAAAGGACAUUUGCCGUGUCAAAACGUGACAGCGCAUUUACAUUUCUUCUAGGCGGAAGAACAAAAAAAAAAGAAAAGAAAGGGAGACCACGUGGUCGCAUAUUGUGCUUGUCCUAUGGCUGUUGGAUGCUUUUGAAUGGAAAUCAAAUGAAAAUGAGCAUUUUGAAAGGAAGCGCUGAGCUGAGACCAACAGACACAACAUGUGAAAUCAAAACGUGCUCAGAUUUACAAGAUUUAAAUUCACUUCGAGUAAAAGAAUGUGUCAA